GGUUGUAUAGUUUUGAGAUUAUUUAGAUAGUGGUUAGUGUUUAAUUAACGCCAUGGCUGAUGAUGAGCUCGUCUUGCCUCUGUGUACCCGCCUGUCGUACUCGGUGGGCCACUUUCUCAAUGACUUGUGCGCCUCAAUGUGGUUUACUUAUCUCUUGGUUUAUUACCACACGGUGCUGGCCAUUAACAACUACAACGCGGGCAUCCUGCUGCUCAUCGGGCAGAUAGCGGACGGAGUCUGCACCCCGCUCAUCGGAUACGAGUCUGACCGCACUCCCGGCUGCGGGAAAUACGGCAAGAGGAAAACGUGGCACCUUAUUGGAAGCACCAGCGUCCUCCUAUCCUUCCCUUUUAUUUUUAACCCUCCCGUGGGCAGCAGUGAAAACGUUCCACAGUGGGUUGAGCUCAUUUACUUCGUUCCAUUUAUUGUUGUAUUCCAGUUUGGGUGGGCUGCGACACAGAUCUCCCACCUCUCCUUGAUACCAGAGCUUACCUUGAAUGACCAUGAGAGGGUUGAGCUCACUGCUUUUAGGAAUGCUUUUACUGUUGUAGCCAAUAUAGCAGUUUUUGGGAUUGCGUGGUUGUUGUUUCACUUUCAAGCUGCUCACUCAGAUCCAGAUGUUGAUAACAGUUUGGGAAAACAAGAUAUUCCCUUAUUCAGGACAUUAGCUCUGAUUGUUAUUGGCAUUGGAUUUGUAUCUUCAGUGGUGUUCCAUAUCGGAACACGGGAGAAGGUGAAAAGUGAAGAGGAACUUGUUGUUGCUGAGCAGACUCCACUCAUCAAUGAUUCCAAUAAAAGCCACAGCCAGCCAUUGCUGCAGUGGAAACAUUGGCUGAAGGAAGCAUCUUUCUAUCAUGUGGCAAUUUUGUAUAUGUGCACUCGACUGAUCAUCAACCUCUCUCAGACCUACAUUGCCAUGUAUGUAACCUACACUCUGAAGCUUCCAAAGAACUAUAUUGCCAUGAUCCCUCUCGUGAUGUACAUCAGUGGAUUUCUGUCGUCAUUCCUCAUGAAACCUGUGAAUAAAUGGUUUGGCAGAAAUAUGACCUACUUUUUUGGACUUGCAUUGAUCCUGGUAUUCGCUUAUUGGGUCUGGUUUUUUCAACUAGAGAAGAGCAUCUUUGGAGCAGCAGUCCUUCUCGGUGCUGGCUCUACCACAAUUCUAGUGACCUCUCUUGCCAUGACGACUGAUCUCAUCGGAAAAAACACUCAAAGUGGGGCCUUUGUCUAUGGUUCCAUGAGUUUCACAGAUAAAGUUGCCAAUGGCCUUGGAGUGAUCAUCAUCCAGAGUCUUCACCCCUGCAAGACUGAAAGCUGUUGUCCACAGUGUGGUCCAUUCUACCACUUGGUGAUGGCAUUAGUGACUGGUGGCAUUGCCUGUGUAGCAUUGAUUUCUUUAGCAGCGACCCGAAUUUGGCCAAUCAAGAUUCGAAGAUGUCAUGAUCCUGGACUGAUGGGAUCUUCUGCAACUAAGAGCAUGGAGUCCAGUGACUAUGGAGCCAUUAAUUAGUGGACCUACUUUACCAGACUGUGAAAUAAGAGACACUAAUACCCUUGUGCAAUGCACCACAACAUCCUAAGCUUUAUCACUUUAGGACAAUCGUACAUUGUGCUUUGGAGCUGGUUUAAAAUCUACCCCUUUUUUCAGCUAGCAUUUGUCAGUAUACAGUCUACUUAAAUGUUUCAAUGAAUUUGAAUGUAAAAACUUUGUACAGGAAGUUAGUCAAUUUGUGUGAUUGCUUUGUUUCUUGAAAGUAAAUCACCUGAUAGAACGGAGGGCCAUAAUAACGAUAAGAAUAGUCCUGAUACUUGCUGGUCAUAAGAUUUUUAAUGCCUUUGCACUUUCUAAUCAGUGGUUUGCACUUUUUAUGAGUAACUUCGUACUUUAGGUCACUUUGUCUUGUAUAAUGCCGCAUCUUCAGAAAUCUGCUUUUAAGACUAAGUAAAUUUGUGUGCAUAACAGAGUUCAAUUUGUGCAGCAAAGACGACACAUAGCAAUUGCAGACUGUGAACUGUAGCAGUCCAUGAAAAAGGGAAACACCAAUGAAGCAGGAUCUGAGAUCUUGAUCAUUUGAAUAACCAAAUACUAGUCAAACGAACCUCUCACAUCACACCACAUAGACGCACAAGAUUAUUAACAGAACUGACUGGGUACUGUCAGUCACUAUGUAAAAAAAAGUUACACUCUUGACACAACUAAAAGACUUUUUUUUCCUUAUGUAACUGAUUUACAGUGUAAUUUUUCUUAAGUUGCACUUUGUUGGAAAACUUAUUCUUUCAAAUAAGUAUGCUCUGUAAUAUGUUUGACUAUUAAUCUUCAAUCAAAGAAGACAACUGGAGUAAUGUAUUUUGUUACACCUCCUAAGUUAUGUAAAGAUUCUUCAGUUUUUAAUGUUCAUAUGGGGAAGAGUGUCUGUAUUAGUAAGAAUAUGUUCCAUGCAUCUGGACCUGAACUAACUUUGUAACAGUUUUAUAUUUGCAAUAAUUGCCUGUAUUUAAAAUGUUUGUAUGGGAUGAAUUAUA